CCUGUCCAUUGGACUGAUUUCGUCUUGAUUGUUUGAGUCACCACUCUUGUUUACAUUUAAUGUGAUUUCUAUAAGAAAAUUCAAAUUGAUUUUACCCGAGCCCGAGUGACAUGCCGUUGCUACCGCUGUUAAGGGACGCUGCCAUUCCAUUAAACCUUUAUGAUUUCGCGUAAUUUCCUGAUUUUGCAAACGGAAAGAUACUGAAAAUGGAACGUCGUGGCACAAAGGCCCUGGAGCACUGGUGCCGUCUUAUAACAAGUGGCUAUGAGGGAGUCAAAGUCGAGAAUAUGACCACUUCGUGGAGAGACGGACUCGCCUUCUGUGCGAUCAUCCACUACUUCCGUCCAGAUUUAAUCAAAUUCGACCAACUUAAGGCUGCGGAUAUUUACGAGAACAACAGCCUGGCCUUUGCCACGGCUGAGAAGUAUUUGGGUAUUCCUGCCCUGCUCGAGGCCGACGAUAUGGUUUCCUACGAGGUCCCCGACCGCCUAUCGAUCCUCACUUACCUGUCUCAGUUUUAUAGGGUGCUGGGAAAGAACUUCAAGCUGCCGAAGGCCGAGGAAGCCAUAUGUGACGAGGGUGAACCGCCGCAGAAGAUGAUGCAUAUCGUCGGCGUGCCCAGACGCGACAAGUGCCAGAAGUGUGAGCUUCCCGUCUUUCUCGCCGAGCGGGUCCUUGUGGGAAAGCAUGCCUACCAUCGGACUUGCCUGAAAUGUGCCCGCUGUGGAUCAUUGCUAACGCCAGGCAGCUUCUACGAGACGGAGAUUAAUAAUACGUACUGCUGUGAGACCUGUCCCGAUGAGGAGAGUGAAUUUAGCCUAACAACUGAUAUUGAAAAUCGUACGCCAUCUAAGGAUCAAGCUGCCAUCGGAGGCCUGGCCUACUUCAGCGAUGAGGAGGAGGGCCAGGAGGAGGAAAAGGAGGAAGUGAGUAAGGAGAAAGAAGGCUUGGCCUCUCCCAAAUCCCUCGAACCCAAAGCAACGCCCUCAAAAAUAGGCGACAGAAUUAAGUACUAUCAAAGAUUAAGUACUGAACAAGAUGGAAGGCAAAGUAGAUCGCCCAAAACUGAGGAUUCACCCAAGCCCGCUUUACGAGAUGUUGGAGAAACGCCAGUAAAAGCAGACGAACAAAGUACUAAACCAGACGAAAAGAAAAAUAUUACAUUUAAAACAGAGAUUUCACUUCAACCUGUUGUACGGGAUGAUGCUAGUGAUACGCCAUUAAAGCCGAAAGAACAAGGGAUAAAACCUAAAGAAGAUGAAAAGCAAGGAACUUUACCAGAAAUUGAAGCUCCCAUAACACCGGUUAGUCCGCCUCCAACUUCCCUGCCCAAAGAGGAUUACACAAUUCUAGUGACAGCAAGUUCUUCAGAGAAACUAAAUGAAGAGGAGUUGGAUGAUUCAGGCAGGGCCACUGAGGAAUUACCCGCUCUGGACGUGACUCACCAACAAAAAGACAGUAAGCCUGAUAAAGAAGUAAACUGCCAAGCAGAAAAAGAAAAAGAAAGUAUAACAAACGAAAGUAUUUCCGAACAAGAAAGUGAUGCUAAAACACCACCAGCUGUGGAGUCUCCUAAGAAGAUUAUUUCGGAGACGGAAACUGAUUAUCCCGAAGAUUUAAAUCCUUUUAAAGAGGACGACAGCCUUAAUCCCUUCGACAGCUCCGACGAUGAGGUGGAGCUCUUGAAGCCAGGUCCUUACAAAGGAAGCGACAGCUCAACACCCAAAUGUGAUAAACCAGAGGAACUACAUUCCAAGAGUCCGACACCUUCUCAAAGAAAAAAGAUGCCCAUGCCGACCCCAAGGCAAUCCGUGCCAAAGGCCAAGGCUCCCUCUCCAGGCGCCCGUACCAAUCGCUUUUCUACGUCGACGGAGCACCUGGAAAUGCCGAAAGCCUUCCAACGGGAUACGGAUGAGCGUGGCUCCAGUAUCUCCUUGCCAUCGGCCAGUGGGCCUCCCAAGCCGCUUCGCGCUUCAGCAGCUAACUUAAGGCACGAAGAUCUGAGUUCGCCUAUGCGCAAAAAGCGCCCAGCACCGCAGCCGCCAAAGCAGCCCCAUUUUGAGGAGCCAGGUUUCUCGAAACUAUCCGACGAACAGAAGGCGCUCCUGCACGACCAGCUCCUGAAAUCCGGCUCUAACCCGAGUGACACCACCAGAAGGUUGAUACCACUGGACCAGAGCCUACUGUCAGAUGAGACCCGUGAGUCGUCUGACUACAAGGAGGGUCAGAGCGCCGACGAGGAGGCAAGCAUAGUUUAUAGACGCAUUUUAGUUCCACCGACGCAGUCCGAACACAUGACGCCGGACCACUUGAAGGGGAACCAAGCGAUAAGCCCUGCUGCCCCUAUCGAUUAUAAUGACUUCAAUAGUCCAUUGGCCUUUAAUAAGUCAACGCACGGGAAGUGGAAGAGGCGGAAGGGGCCGGCCCCUGCCGUGCCUAUACCGCCGCGCAAAGUGCUCCAGAGGCUGCCACUACAGGAAAUUCGUCAUGAAUUCGAAAUUAUUGCUGUACAACAGCUGGGUCUGGAGAAGCAGGGCGUUAUUCUUGAGAAAAUGAUCAGGGAUCGCUGCGAAGUAAUGGAAAAUAUAAAUGACGAGGGAUCUGCGGCGCCGGGCGGAGAGACUCAGGCGGCGAAUUCCAAGGAAGUCGAGGAUCUUAUACUGCAAUUGUUCGAGCUGGUUAACGAGAAGAACGAACUAUUUAGGCGUCAAGCAGAGCUAAUGUACCUUCGCCGGCAGCAUCGCUUGGAGCAGGAGCAGGCGGACAUUGAGCACGAAAUUCGAGUAUUAAUGGGUCAGCCGGAGCGCAACAAAACCGACUCGGAUAAGGCCCACGAAGAGGUAUUAAUAGGUCGUCUCGUCAAAAUAGUCGAGAUGCGCAACGCCGUGAUUGACAGUCUGGAGACCGAUCGGGUUCGGGAAGCUAAGGAGGAUAUGAGCAUCAAGGACCGGCUGCAUACAUACAAUUCCGAGCGCGAUAUCUCUGCCGUUCCCAACAGUGGCAAAAAGUUUGACAAGAAAAUGUCGAAGAAGGAGAAAAAGCAGCUCAAAGAUGAACAUAAAAAGGAUAAAGCCCUGGACGCCGACGAGUCGGAAUCGACGCCUGCCUUAGAAAAGAUAAAAAAGAAACAUUUGAAAAAUUUAUUCUUUUUAAAAGCAUCGAAAUAGUAAACUUUUCUGAUGAUUUUUUAUUGCCAUAGAUAUGCACAUUCCAUUAAAUGUAAAAAAAGCAAGGAAACAAUAUUUUCUCAUUAUGUUUAA